CUUUAAAAUAAUUUACCUAGUUGGAACCAGUCGCGCGUUCACGUCGGUCGCCUCCCACUUCGACGCACUUCGACGCCUGAGGUCGAAAUCAGUCGCCAACCCUAUAACCUUCUCGACGAUGCCCUGACUAUCUCGAUUACACCGUCGACCUGCAGACAUUAUCUGCGAGCGAUCGCGCACAACCACAAUCGCUGGGAUAUUUCUGUUGAAAAUGUCGCCAAAUGGCCUGACCAAUGGCAUCCGAAGUGCCCGACAACCAGACCUUCACCUUGUUACAGAUGAAGACGCAGUCUACGAACAGGAUAUCCUACGAGACCCAGGCAGUACAAAACCAUGGCUAGCUUACAUUCAGUUCAAGCUCCAGCAUGGCACCCCCCAGGAGCAGGCCUUCGUUCUCGAGCGGGCUUGUCAGCAACUACCGAGGUCGUACAAGCUUUGGAAGAUGUACUUGCAAUUCCGAACCAAGCAUGUCUCGAAGCUGAACGCUGCCGUCUUCGCUUCCGAGUACAAGAAGGUCAACGCCCUAUUCGAGCGAGCACUAAUCCUGCUCAACAAGAUGCCAAGAAUAUGGGAGUUAUACCUGAAAUUCUUACUGAAGCAGCCUCUCGUUACUCUCACUCGGCGCACCUUCGACCGAGCACUACGAGCCCUUCCUAUAACCCAACAUAACAGAAUAUGGGCGCUAUACAGGCCAUUUGCCAACUCUGCCUCUGGCAUCACGGCAGUCAAGAUUUGGCGGAGGUAUAUGCAGGUUCAUCCUGAAGAUGCCGAAGACUUUAUCGAGCUUCUUAUUCAGGUUGGCCUUUACACCGAGGCUGUAAAGAAGUACAUCGAUAUCUUGAACAACCCGCGAUUCAACAGCAAGCAAAGUAAAGGCCAUUACGAGUUAUGGAGUGAGAUGGUCGAUUUGCUCGUAGAGCAUGCCAACGAAGUUGAGACUGGCCACGAGACUGGCAUCGACGUCGAGCGAAUCAUUAGGAGUGGUAUCGACAGAUUUGCCGAUCAAAGGGGGAAGCUCUGGUGUGGUCUAGCGACAUAUUGGGCGAAAAGGGGGAGCUUCGAACGCGCAAGGGACAUCUUCGAAGAAGGCAUUACGACUGUUAUGACUGUUCGAGACUUUACUCUCAUCUUCGACAGUUAUGCUGAAUUUGAGGAGUCCAUCAUCGGCGCGCUGAUGGAACUAGCAUCCGAACGUACGGAAUCCGGCAAAGUUGACGAAGAUGCCGAUUUUGAUCUAGAUAUACGCAUGAUGCGAUUCGAGCAACUCAUGGACCGACGGCCAUUCCUACUCAAUGAUGUAUUGCUACGGCAGAAUCCCAACAGCGUCUCGGAAUGGGAAAAACGAGUGGCACUUUGGGGAGAUAAUAAAGUCGAGGUUGUGCAGACAUAUACCGAUGCUAUUGCCGCGAUCAAUCCCAAGAAAGCAGUGGGACCCUUUCACCAGCUGUGGGCUAAUUACGCCAAAUUCUAUGAGAAGGGGGGUGACUUGCGAAGUGCGCGAGUCAUUAUGGAGAAGGCCGUCAAAGUUCCUUUCAAAUCAGUUGCGGAGCUGGCCGAUAUGUGGAUCGAAUGGGCUGAGAUGGAACUUCGCAAUGAGAACUUGGAUGAGGCAGUCAAGAUCAUGACAAAGGCCGUGCAAGCUCCGAAGAGAUCAACAGUCGACUAUUUCGAUGAAACCCUUUCGCCACAACAGAGGGUUCAUAAGAGUUGGAAGCUAUGGAGUUUCUAUGUCGACCUUGUAGAAGGCGUCGGCACUCUCGAAGAGACAAAGAAGGUAUACGAACGAAUUUUCGAGCUUCGUAUUGCUACACCACAAACUGUUGUCAACUACGCCAACCUACUGGAAGAAAACAAGUACUACGAAGAAUCCUUCAAGAUCUACGAGAGAGGACUUGACCUCUUCAGUUACCCUGUCGCCUUCGAAUUAUGGAAUCUAUACUUGACAAAGGCGGUGGAUAGAAAAAUCGGAAUCGAACGGCUUCGCGACCUCUUCGAGCAAGCAGUUGAAGAUUGCCCUCCUAAGUUCGCUAAGACGUUAUAUCUUAUGUAUGGCAACCUUGAAGAAGAAAGAGGCCUGGCAAGGCAUGCUAUGCGCAUUUACGAAAGAGCGACUCGUGCCGUAUCAGAUGAAGACCGCGCCGAUAUGUUCAACUUCUAUAUCACCAAGUCAGCCUCGAACUUUGGAGUCCAGUCCACAAGACCGAUUUACGAAAGGGCCAUUGCAGCCCUUCCCGACGAAGAGGCUCGGGAUAUGUGUCUGAAGUUCGCCGACAUGGAGAAACGGCUGGGUGAAAUCGACCGUGCUCGCGCCAUCUACGGCCACGCAUCUCAAUUCUGCGACCCGCGCACCAACCCCGCGUUCUGGACCAAGUGGGAGCAAUUUGAGGUGCAGCACGGUAACGAGGAUACAUACAAGGAGAUGCUACGGAUCAAGCGCAGCGUGCAGGCACAGUAUAACACGGAUGUUAACUUUAUUGCAUCGCAAGCCAUCGCACGCGCUAACCAACGAGGAGCGGGUGAAGGUACCAAUGGAACAGGAGACCCCGAGGUCGCCGACGCGAUGGAGCAACUCGAACGGCAGGCCCGGGCACCGGCAGGAUUCGUGGCAGCGAGCGCAGGACUCGCAGGGACGAUCCAAAAGGAGCUGCCUCCCGUUCCGACAAAUCCAGAUGCCAUCGACAUCGAUGACAUGGACGACGAAUGAGACGAUAUUAGUUUCUAAUCCCCCCAGGUGGUUUUGUACUGGUUCUUCAUAUUUUCAUUUGGCAUAAGGUUGAAGGGAGCUUAGGGAAAGGGAAACGGAUGACAAAUCCAAUCAUCAUCAUUUAACGGGCAGCAUAUUCCGUUUGUCAACGUGUGGUUUUUUUCCUUAUCUUAAACUUCUUUCCUCUUUUCUUUUGCCGGUUGUUGACGGUUUUUUUUACCUUGCCGGUGGCAUAGCAGCAGAGCAAAGCAGAGCAGAUACCUAACUACCCUUCCAUAACCUACCUUACUACUACCUUCCGUACCUACAUAAACAACU